AUGAACCCUAGGCUGAACAGCUGUGAUCUCAUAGAUAAACACUGUGAAGUGCUGUCUUCAGCUCUAAGAUCAAACUCUUCCCCCCUGAGAGAGCUGGACCUGAGUGACAAUAACCUGAAGGAUUCAGGAGUGAAGCUGCUCUCUGCUGCACUGGAGGAUUUACACUGCAUACUGGAGAUACUGAGGCUGUCAGGCUGUAGAGUCACAGAAGAAGGCUGUUCUUCCCUGGCUUCAGCUCUGAAGUUAAACCCCUCACACCUGAGAGAGCUGGAUCUGAGCUACAAUCACCCAGGAGACUCAGGAGUGAAGCUGCUCUCUGCUCUACUGGAGGAUCCCAGCUGUAAACUGGAGAAGCUGAAGGUGGGCCAGUGUGAACUCACAGAGAAAUGCUGUGUGGCACUGGCUUCAGCUCUCAGAUCAAACUCCUCACCCCUGAGAGAGCUGGACCUGAGUGACAAUGACCUGCAGGACUCAGGAGUGAAGCUGUUCUCUGUUGGACUGGGGGACUUAUACUGUAAACUGGAUAUACUGAGGCUGUCAGGCUGUAGAGUCACAGAAGAAGGCUGUUCUUCCCUGGCUUCAGCUCUGAGAUCAAACCCCUCUCACCUGAGAGAGUUGGACCUGAGCUACAAUCACCCAGGAUUCUCAGGAGUGAAGCUGCUCUCUGCUGUACUGGAGGAUCCCAGCUGUAAACUGGAGAAGCUGAAUGUGGAUCACGGUGGAAAGUGCAGGACCAGACCAGGCUUACAGAAAUACUCCUGCCAGCUGACGCUGGACCCCAACACAGCAAACAGAUUCCUGUCUCUGUCAGGGGGGAACAGGAAGGUGACAUGGGGGGCAGAGCAGCCAUAUCCUGAUCAUCCAGAGAGAUUUGACAGCAUCCACCAAGUUCUGUGCAGAGAGAAUCUGACUGGCCGCUGUUACUGGGAGGCUGAGUGGAGUGGAAAUGGAGCCUGGAUAGGAGUGACUUAUAAAGGGAUCAGGAGGAAAGGAGGGAGUGACUGUGGGCUUGGAUACAAUGACAAGUCAUGGUGUCUGUACUGUUAUACUGACAGUUACUCUGUCCGGCACAAUAAUAAACAGACUCGCAUACCCAUAGAGCCCUCAGGCUCCCGCAGAGUAGGAGUGUAUCUGGACUGGGGGGCUGGUGCUCUGUCCUUCUACAGAGUCUCCUCUGAUGGACUGACCCCCCUGCACAGACUCACCUCCUCAUUCACUGAGUCCCUCUAUCCAGGGUUUCGGGUUUAUAGAAACUCCUCAGUGUCACUGUGACGUGUUGCUGGUUCUCCUGGCAAAAGGGUAAAAUCUCUGCUUUUUAACCUUUAUAAUCCUUUUCACUCUGAAAUGUACAGAACUGUGCAAAAGUCUUAGGCAGGCAAAGAAAAUGAUAUUUAGAUUAUCCUCCUGUUGGUGUAAAACUAUGAUAUGAUGCCUGUCAAAGUGUGUCAGCUUCGCCAUUUCAGAACCUCUGCUAAAAUCAUCCCAGUAUUUGCAGCGACCGUCCAGUGCAGCCAUGUAUUUUUUGACUUGACCACUAACACACCUCAUACAGCUGGUCAAUCUCUCACUGACUUUUAAACCAAUAUAUUUAAUUAUUUAAUUGAGCUGUUGGUGAAAUUGAACAAAAUCAUGUAACUGAGGUGCCCCUGAGGAGAAGUUUGGGAACUGAAGCGGUGUUCAUCUAGCCAUCCAACUAGAUAUCAGUAACUUUUUAGAAAACAGAAGAAAUUAUUACUAGUUUUUAUUGUGUUACUUUUAAUUUGCACACGUUCUAAUGUUAAAUUGUGUUUUUUGUUCUAAGCCAAAGUACAUUUCCUACUCAGAUAAACAGCUGUAAACAUUUCUUUGGACGGCCUAAGACUUUUGCACAGUACUGUGUGUUUUACAAAAAAUAAAUGACUGUGUUCAGUGAGCUGAAUAAACAUGAAAAAUAUUGUUUUUUAUACGUUUUCUCUCUGACUAAAAUGUAACUAAAUGUAAUCCUGAUUGGGGG